AUGGCACCCAUCGACGUAUCCAGUUUUGCUGACAAGCAGCUACAGCUCUUGGCUGCAGAGCUGAAUGCCGAGCUCGAAGAAACGGCCGUGCUUACCGCCACCCAUGCUCCGUCCACUCUCGCACGCGCCGGUCUGGCCGUGCUAAACCUCGCCGUCAGCGCUCAGCGCACAGGUUUGGGUGGUAAGUCUCUGGUCGAGCUCUCCCUGGAUCCCGCAAUUGCCGGUACCGAAACUCAGCUUCCUGAGCAUGGUCUGCGCGUGGGUGAUAUCGUCGGUGUUUCCGAGCAGCCCAAGGGCGCAGAGAAGAAGAAAGAGCGUCAGGACAUGGAGCAGAAACAGAUACAGGGUGUUGUUGUCAAAGUCUUGAGAGAGAUCAUUGUUGUUGCUCUGGACAAGGAUGAGGUUGACAUUCCUGGCGGAAAACUCUGGCUGUUUGUGAACUCUGCAUGUUCGUUUCAGAGGAGAAUGUUGUUGGCUGAUAGAUCGUGCGUCUCUAUAGUGUUAAGCUCGCAAACGAUGUUACAUAUAAGAGGUAUCACCGUGUUCUUUACUAUGUCAAAUCCCACGACUGAUCGCUCCAAGNNGAUGAACCAAACCAUGACAAAGUUGCUGAAAAUGCCCGAGAGCGAACACUCAACACUUAUGCGCGUUCUGUUUGGUCUGUCCUCGGCAGUCACAGUCCAGCCUGUAGACAUGGCGAAGGAUCUCGAGUGGUUAGACCCAUCUCUCAACGAUUCGCAAAAGGAAGCCAUCAAGUUCGCUCUCGCCUCUCCCGACGUUGCCCUGAUCCAUGGACCGCCAGGCACUGGAAAGACCCAUACGUUGAUUGAACUGAUACGGCAAUGUCUCAAACAGGGUCUCCGACUCUUGGUUUGUGGACCCAGCAACAUCUCAGUCGACAACAUUGUGGAGAGGCUGUCACCACACAAAGUACCCAUGGUCAGGCUAGGCCACCCGGCUCGUUUGUUGCCAGGAGUCUUGAACCACAGUCUCGACAUCUUGACACGCACGAGUGAUGCCGCCGAGCUGGUCAAAGAUAUCCGCAACGAGAUGGAUGCCAAACAAGCAAGUAUACGCAAAACGAGAAACGGCAGAGAACGAAAGGCCAUAUAUGGCGAAAUUAAGGAGCUACGCAAGGAUUACCGACAGCGUGAAGCUUCCUGCGUGAACAGUCUCGUCCGGGAAAGCAAAGUCGUCCUUGCUACACUACACGGAUCCGGUGGAUUUCACCUCAAAAAUCAAGCGUUUGAUGUUGUCGUUGUCGACGAAGCCAGUCAAGCUCUGGAAGCACAGUGCUGGGUGCCUCUGUUGAGCAGCGGCGCUAACAAACUGAUUCUGGCUGGAGACCAUCUGCAACUCCCACCUACAAUCAAGAGCUCGAAAUCCAAGUCAACCAAGAACAAACCCAAGACAGGCCAGGACGACGACGUCAAUCUGGAGACGACGCUCUUCGAUCGCAUGCUUGACCUCUACGGAGAUAGUAUCAAGCGUAUGCUGACCAUCCAGUACCGUAUGCACGAGAAGAUCAAUGCAUUCCCAUCGGCAGCGCUGUACGAGUCAAAGCUCAUGGCGGCGGACAGUGUCAAGGCAAGAUUGUUGAAAGACCUGCCGUACGAUGUGGAAAAGACCGAAGACACAACCGAGCCUGUCGUCUUCUGGGACACACAGGGAGGCGAGUUUCACGAAAAGACAGACGAUGAUGAUGUACCAAAGUCCAAGAGCAGUCUCCUAGGAGAGAGCAAGAGCAACGAACUUGAAGCAGCCAUCGUCAANAAGCACGUACAGAGCCUAGUCGAUGCUGGUGUCAAAGCAGAGGAUAUUGCUGUCGUCACACCAUACAACGGGCAGCUUGCUGUGUUGUCACAACUGCUCAAGGAGAGGUUUGUUGGUAUCGAACUCGGAAGUAUUGAUGGUUUCCAAGGUAGAGAAAAGGAGGCUGUGGUUGUCAGCCUUGUGCGCAGCAACGCAGAGCACGAAGUUGGCUUCCUCGCCGAGAAGCGAAGACUCAAUGUCGCUAUGACUCGGCCGAAGCGACAUCUUUGUGUAGUUGGCGAUUCCGAGACUGUAGGCCGAGGCAGCAAAUUCCUCAAGAGCUGGAUGGAGUUUCUCGAGGAGAAUGCAGACCUGCGCUAUCCGGAUCUGGACGACUUAUUGCGCGACGAGUAA